CCGCCCGCACCCGGGCGCCCGGGCUUGGCUUGAAGCGGCGGCGGCACCGGCACGCCGGCAGGAGCAUGGGGCGGAGGAUGCGGGGCGCCGCCGCCACCGCGGGGCUCUGGCUGGUGGCGGUGGGCUCGCUGCUGGCGCUGUGGGGCGGGCUCCUGCCACCGCGGACCGAGCUGUCAGCCUCCGGGCCGCCCGAAGGUCGGCUCCCCAGGCUCCCGACCCGGAGUGGCGGCCCAGCGCCCGAGCCUCGCUUCCCUCUGCCCCCGCCCCUGGCGUGGGACGCCCGCGGCGGCUCCCUGAAAACUUUCCGGGCGCUGCUCACCCUGGCGGCCGGCGCGGAUAAGCCGCCCGGAAGGCACCCGGACGAGCGCGGGCAGCACGUGCAAGCCUGGCUGCCUGGACCCGACGAGCGCGCGGCGGUGCAUGGGGGCGUCUUCUGGAGCCGCAGCCUAGAGGAGCAGGUGCCCCGGGGCUUUUCCGAGGCCCAGGCGGCGGCGUGGCUGGAGGUGGCGCGGGGUGCUCGGGUGGUGGCCCUGGAUCGCGGGGGCUGCGGGCGAAGCUCCAACCGCCUAGCCCGUUUUGCCGACGGCACCCGUGCCUGCGUGCGCUACGGCAUCAACCCGGAGCAGAUCCAGGGCGAGGCCCUGUCCUACUACCUUGCAAGGCUGCUGGGCCUCCAGCGCCACGUGCCGCCGCUGGCACUGGCCCGGGUGGAAGCUCGGGGCGCGCAGUGGGCACAGGUGCAGGAGGAGCUGCGCACCGCGCACUGGACCGAGGGCAGUGUGGUGAGCCUGACUCGCUGGCUGCCUAACCUCACCGACGUGGUGGUGCCAGAGCCCUGGCGAUCAGAGCACGGUCGUCUGCGGCCCCUGCGCGAUGCCGGGGGCGAGCUUGCCAACCUCAGCCUGGCAGAGCUGGUGGACCUGGUGCAGUGGACCGAUCUGAUCCUUUUCGACUACCUGACGGCCAACUUCGACCGACUCGUAAGCAACCUCUUUAGCUUGCAAUGGGACCCGCGCAUUAUGCAGCGCGCCACGAGCAACCUGCACCGAGGACCGGGAGGGGCGUUGGUCUUUCUGGACAAUGAGGCGGGCCUGGUGCACGGCUACCGGGUGGCAGGCAUGUGGGACAAAUAUAACGAGCCGCUGUUGCAGUCAGUGUGCGUGUUCCGGGAACGCACUGCCAGGCGCGUACUGGAGCUGCACCGGGGUCAGGACGCGGCGGCCCGGCUGCUGCGCCUCUACCGGCGCUACGAGCCUCGCUUCCCCGAGCUGGCCGCGCUCGCAGACCCCCACGCUCAGCUGCUACAGCGCCGCCUGGACUUCUUAGCCAAGCACAUUUUGCACUGCAAAGCCAAGUACGGCCACCGGCCGGGGACUUAAGACACCCAGAAGAGCGCGAACGGGGACUGGGGUAUGAAUGAUGGGGGAAGGGCUGUAGCCUCUGCCAAGGCUUAGGACCAGCUGGCCGACGCCCAGCCAGUGGCCUGAUCCUGAAGGUGUCUAAAAACUUGUGAUUUGCCCACCUGCUCCUUUCUUUUCAUCCCAGGUUGUUUCCUUUCCAAGUUCUGGAAGGGCAAACUCAGCGAGGCGAGAAGUGUAACAUUCCCUCCUCCCAGCCUAUAAAAGGAUUCUUUUCAGUACCCGCGUGGAGAUUUGGAUCCGAAGAAACUGGCUGCUGGGGUUUGGGUCCCUGAAUGGUGGUGGUGGUCUCUGUGGGAUGUGCAGCUCAUUCUUGCCCCCCCCCCCCCCGCCAUUCCUUUUCCGAAACAGGAAAACUUCCGUUUGUGCCCUUGAGCUAAUUCUGCAGUUUCCUACCAAACACAUCGCUGGUGGCCCGGGAGCAGGGCUAUGUCAUGGGCUGGUGGAGCCCCCUUCCUGUGUUCUCCCUUUGUUCCAGCGCCGCGAGGGUGAGAUCACUGUUUCAAGCAGAGGGACAGCUCUGGAUAGGACAAAGAGAGCAGACUUCCACGCCCUGGGGAGCCCGGCAGACCCUGGCAAUUUGUCUGACUCAUUCCUGAACUCCUGUCAUUUUGGCCUGAAGGCUGAAUUCAGGACGCAGUUGUAAGCACUGAGUCAAAUGAUGAAUUUCUUCUUACCCCUCCCAACUGACCAAAAUCUUGACAAUGAUGAUGUUCACUAGAAGGAAAAAAAAAUCAGUUCCGUGCACUUUACUUUUUUUUUAUUUUUUAUUAAAAACUUUUUAUUUGACAGAAUUUGCCUUCUAUGUAUAUAUGUGCAUAAAGUGUGGUGUAAAUAGACUAAACAAACUUAUAUUUCAAUAAAAGGGAGUUUAAAAUUUAGAAUUUAA